UUCCUGGACUGAGACAUGCUUCUUUUCACUCAUUCCAAACACUCUUAUUAUUCUGGAAAAAAAAAAAAAAAAACCCACCUAUUGCAUAAUUCAGCAUCUUGCAAUUUUGGGGAAAAAAGACAAGCCCAGGUCUAUGUGAGCAAAGAAGGCACAGUGGCCAAUUAUGGCCUAGUCACCAGAGAGGACCUGGAGGCUGGAGAAGUCCUUUUUACCAUCCCAAGAACAGCACUGCUCUCACAACACACGAGCGCUCUUUCUUCCCUCCUGGAGAAAGAACAAGCCUCCUUGGAGAGUCAGUCUGGCUGGGUUCCCCUCCUCCUCACUCUGCUUCAUGAGUCCACAUCCAGUGAUUCCCGUUGGAGACCAUAUUUGUCCCUCUGGCCCCACUUCAGUGGUUUGGAUCACCCCAUGUUCUGGUGCGCUGAAGAGCGGGUGAGGCUGCUGCAGGGCACAGGCGUCCCCGAAGCUGUAGACAAAGACUUGGCCAAUAUCCAGAUGGAAUAUUCCUCUAUCGUUUUACCCUUCAUGAAGGCUCACCCAGAUAUCUUCAACCCCAAGGUGCACACUCUGGAUUUGUAUAAGAAACUGGUGGCAUUUGUCAUGGCCUACAGUUUCCAAGAACCUGUGGAUGAGGAAGAAGAGCCCAGUCCUCCCGUGAUGGUGCCCCUGGCAGAUCUCUUGAAUCAUGUCGCGAACCACAACGCCAACUUGGAAUAUUCCUCGAAGUCCUUGAAAAUGGUUGCAACGCAGCGGAUCCCCAAGGGCCAGGAGGUCUUCAACACAUAUGGCCAAAUGGCAAACUGGCAGCUCCUGCACAUGUAUGGCUUUGCUGAGCCUUAUCCUGGCAACACAAACGAUGCCGCUGACAUCCAGAUGCUGACGCUGUUGAAAGCCGCACUGCAAGGGCGCAAGGCAGCAGCAGAACGGCGGCUGGUCUCGGAGCAGUGGGCCUUCCUGUGCCGCCAGGAGGUGGUGGGCGAGGAGGGCGCUUUUGUGAUGGGCUGGGAGCGAGUCUUCACGGAAGAGGAGCUAUACACAGCCCUGAAGGUGUUAACUAUGUCUGAAGAGGAAUUCACAGUGUUCAAAGAGCAAGAGGAUGGAAUGGGUGCAGCUGGCAUGGACUGCCUGAUACUAUCAAAUGCCACCAUCUCGAGCCUUAAGGCCUCCUGGAAGAAACUUCUCUUUGACGCCACACAAAUGACCCUGAAGCUGUACAGCUCGGACCUGGAGGAGGAGGAGCGAGUGCUGAAGGACGUGCGGGCCUAUUCCAAGCUCAGCUGCAGGGAGCAGUUUGCCCUGCAGGUGCGCUACGGCCAGAAGCGGAUUUUGCAUCAGUGGCUUGACUGGGCCAGAUAGAUGCAGCUGAGUGGCUGCACCGCUGCGGCUGGACUCCUUUGUGGCAGUCUUGUGGCGAGAGCGCGGUAGCUCUGUAUGAGAGGCAGGCCUGUUUGUAUUAGUGAGCUCAUCAGGUGGCAUGGGGUAGCUGUGCAUAUCGCGUGCUCUGAAAGGCUUCCCUUCAAUCCAUGGACUGAGGUGGCGAAAUGGAGUCCAUAAAUGCAUUGAGCAUGACUGCUACUUCACUGCACAGCUUUCACUUCAAGGGCUAAAGGUCUGUUCAUUUCUUAUGGUACAUAAUUUGAAAAUGACAAAAGUGGCUGCAGUGUGAUAUAUAAUUAACAGUUGUUUCCAAA